AUGCAAAAGGGUCACUGGAUCAGCGCGCUAUUAGUCGUGCUCUUGUUGACUAGUCGUCUUUAUGUCCAACCGUUGUAUUCCAUUAUUUCUGACUGUGACGAGACGUUCAACUACUGGGAACCACUGAAUUUACUGCUCAGAAAUUUUGGUAAACAGACUUGGGAGUACUCCCCAGAGUACUCCAUUAGAUCGUGGUCUUUGCUCCUGCCCUUCAAUUUGCUCUUAUAUCCAUUGCAGAAACUCUCAGUUUUGCAAACAGACAAAUACUGGAAUUUCUAUAUUGUUAGAACGGCACUAGGGUCGUUCUCUGCGCUAUUAGAAUGGAAACUGUUUAGAGAAAUUGAGGGCACUCUUUCUUUGAAGAUUGCCAAUACUUGGUUGCUUUUCCAAAUCUUCACCCCAGGUUAUUUCCAUGCAUCUGUGGAAUUACUACCAUCUGCCAUUGCUAUGAUUUUAUACUUAAACACAGCGAAGUACACCUUAAGAUAUCUGUCAACUAACUCUAUCUCAAGUUUUGUCUCUAGCUUGGCGUUUAAUUUCAUUGCUAGUGUUUUGGGUUGGCCGUUUGUUAUGGUUUUGAGUGUGCCAUUGUGUUUCCAUUAUUUAUUUACUCACCGGAUUAUCUCCUCUUUGAGAACAUCGUUUGACUGCUCUUUGGUGUUUCUUCUAUUAGGUUCGGUUGUUAUCGUUAUCGACUCGAUAUUCUACGGAAAGUUUGCACCUGUGUCCUGGAAUAUCUUGACGUACAAUGUUUUGAAUGCGGAUGAAAAAUCCGGACCAAACAUAUUUGGUGUCGAACCAUGGUACUACUACCUUCUUAACCUCUUAUUGAACUUUCCCCUACCGGUUCUAUUUUUCAGUGUGAUCGGUUUGUUUCAUAGAAGGUUGUGGCCACUGAAUACUAGUUUGUUACUGUGGAUAUGCGUCUUCACGGCACAACCUCACAAGGAAGAAAGGUUUUUAUAUCCUAUCUAUGGGUUGAUUACAUUAACUGCAUCUGUUGGAUUCUACAAAUUUUAUUCCGCUUUCAAUUUCAACAAAUGUAUCAAAAGAGUGUUGCAAUUUGCAGUAAUUGCGUUGGUGCUUCUACAGUCUAUCUCAAGAACCAUAGCGUUGGUCACUAAUUACUCUGCCCCAUUUUCUGUGUACAAACAAAUUUCAAAAUUGGAUUCGGAUGGAGCAGAAAUUGUACAGGUUUGUACUGGCCGUGAAUGGUACAGAUUCCCAAACUCUUUCUUUCUACCUGAUAAGCAUAGAUUAGGAUUUGUUAAAUCUGGAUUUGAUGGUCUUCUACCGGGCGACUUCUCCGAAUCGGGAAAGCUAUUAGACAAUAUCAGAGCCCUACCAAAGGGAAUGAACAAUAAGAACCAAUUUGACGAGGGAAAGAUUAUCGAUAUUGAGCAAUGUGACUAUUUUGUUGACGUAUCUCAAAACAUAGAUCCUGAAGCUGACGUGUUUUCUCCAAAUAGCGAUGAUUGGAAAUCUAUCUACUGUCAAAAAUUCAUCGAUACAGACCGCUCGAAAAUACUGGGGAGAGCGUUUUACAUUCCAGUGUGCCUUGCUGACAUUGCUCAGAAAUAUCUUGGAGAACAGUUCGUCCGUGUUUAUGGUAUAGAGUACUUGGACUACUGUUUAUUCCAAAAGAUUACGCCGGAAGUAGAAGCAGAAGCUACCAAUAUUAAUUUAUGA